AUGGAUCUUUCUCGUCAAGCAACCGUGCUUUUUAUGCUUACGUUUUACAUGGACAACUUGCUUCAUGGCGUUCCUACAAAACCCAUUAAUACUGAAAACCCACGUUUUAUUGAGUUUAUUGGUGUUACAGAGGCAAGUAUAUCAUUUUUACAAGAGAUUGGCUACAGAUUGGAAGGAAAGUACUUUGUUCCAGCAAAUCCCAAGCAUAUUGAUAGGGCAAAAGUUCUUUUGAUUAUGGAAGAAAUAUCGCUGCGCAAAUUUCUUUUAGAAGCUGGUGCAGGCUCAUCUAAAAGUCAAAUGUUUUCAUUCAGCGAGGCCACAGAGUCGCUUUGCAUGCUAUUUGGAGUUGAUUGUAAGGAUUCGCUCGCUGCACAUUUUAUAAGGUUUAACAUGGCUAAUAUUAUACAUAAAGCAUUGAUUGAAAUUGCAAAAAUUCGAAAGAGUUCCCUGCUGAAUGAUUUUAUCGACACAGAUCAGUCCAAGGGAAAGGUAUCAGAGGUUCAAUUAAAGGAAGCAUACGCUACACUCGGACAAAAAAUAUCGCAGGAGAUGAGUGCACAUGAUAUCAUUGAGGCAUUCAAGACCAAGUUUGUCAAAAAUCCCCACCAGCUUGCUGUUUUACGACAGGCACUAAAAACAAUUCAAAUAUCCAGAUCUUGCAGUUCUUUGAAACAUUUCUUGCACACAGGGCAAGAGCCACCACAAUUUAACGAGACUGCACCUAUGGAUACGGAUUCCACAGUAUUCUGCUAUCUUAAUUCGUUGCUUCAACUUUACUUUUCGCUGCCAGAUUUGCGAAAACGAGUUUUUGCAUUUCAACCACGCCUUCAAUCCGAACUAACAGAGCGAGAGCGCCAUGCUAACAAAUUUAUUUUCCAUCUUCAAAGACUUUUUGCUACACUUCAAUGGAGCGAUAAGCCAAGUGUUACACCAGAAAAAGCUUUGGUAGAAACUACACUGACCUCUCAAUACUCAUCAGCAACGUUUGGAAUUCAACAUGAUCUAACUGAAUGCAUGGAUAAUAUUAUGGACAUGAUGGAAAUUGGUUUUGGUAAAGUUGAUGCCAAAUGCACCAACGGUUGCACUUUACUUAAAGAUCUUUUUUACGGCACUACGCGCCAGACUCUUCGAUACACUGAUGCUGAAGGAGAUCAUGUUAGUACAAAAGAUGAAUCAUUUCACCAACUUAUAGUUGAUGCGGAUGAAGAUCUAUACACUGCAUUGGACGCAUAUUUUGCUACUCAACAUGUGGACUUUGAAGGAACUAGUGCUAUUCGAUGCCUUUCUGUAGUAAAUUUCCCUCCUAUUCUUACUAUUCAGAUAAACCGUGUCAAGUUUGAUCGCAUCACAAAUAGUGCGUACAAAUCGCACAAUUAUCUACGCUAUGCUAAACAUAUUUCAUUAGAGCGAUAUCUUAAUUGCCAUUUGGAAACUGUUUUGCAACUUCGCAAACAGCACAAAGAACUGACGAAUGAGUAUAUCAGAAUGCGUCAUCUACUGCACUCCAAAACAACUUUUAACAAUUUACCGGUGCCUCCUCUUGAAUUGAUGGAGACUUCUCGACGUAUUCUAUAUGCACAUCAAGAGCAUUGUAAAGAUCCGUUAGUUUUUCAGCAGCUUACCAUUGCUUGCGACAAGAUCAAAAAGCAGAUUUCAGAUUUACAACCUAAAAUCGAAGAACUUGAAUACAAGCGUAGCCAAAUAUAUAGCCACAUGAAUGGCAAAGAAUAUCAAUUGUAUGCUGUUUUGGUUCACGAAGGAGAGGCUACUUUUGGACAUUAUUGGCUUUUUUUGUAUGAUCUACAAGACAAUGGCAAAGGUCGUUGGCUCAAAUAUAAUGAUUCACUUGUAAGUGAGGUGUUGGAACAUGAAGUCUUUGCUGAUACGACAGGAUCCAAUGCAAAUGCAUAUGCCCUAGUGUAUAUACGAUCUUCUGAGUUUUCUACUCGUGUAGGACCAUAUUUACGAGACGCAAAACGCAAGCAAGAAUAUAGUGAUAGUUUUCCUAAUUUAUGGCCAUCUUCUUCAGGUAGUCUUAAUAUGGAUAGUCCAGUACAGACUGGGUCGCAUACGUUUUUUACAGACACGAACAAGAAGCCCAUGACAAGCUUAUCUGAUGAAAUACUCAACACAAGCAAUGACUUGACUGUCAAGAAUGAUACUAGUCACAGUAAUAAUCAUACUAAUCAUAGCUCUAUGGACGAAAGCUAUUAAUUUAGAAUUUCCAAAUAUUUUGAUAAAAUAAAUAUUGAUGUGUACUCUUGGUUUAG